GAGUCGUCUCCUUCCUCGGCUCACCCUGUUCGAACUCGGCCUCCUCGCGCGAGACCUCGCCGAGCCGCCGGUCGCGAGGACAACCCACCACCCACCUACCUGCUUCCAAGUCCCUCAGCCAGCCGCUCUGGUCUGGUGGGAGAGUCUGUCGCCGGAAUCCGGUGAGUUCCCGAUCCCCUUGGGACCGCUACCUCGUGUCCCGCCACAAGCAGCCGCUCCUGGAUCCCAACACCCGCUCGGGAGCCCUCUGAUCUCCAGAGCCGCAAGCCUCGGGUCGGGUCCCCACGGGCUCGAUCCGCUCAAUUUGCCGGACAAAUUUGACUCCGGCACGAGGAGCACCCGAACCCGUUCUACGAUUCGCAGGCCUCUGCGCCGAGAACCGAUCCGAACCGACUCCCCAACCACAGCCAGCGCGUUGUGGAAUGGGAGAUCGCCAGCCAGCCACCGCGGAGAGAUGGUGACGGGGAGCUUCAGCCGGAGCACGUCGGCGCGGCUCACAGCUCGGGGCGGCGCGGGGAGCCCGCGGGUCGCCGCCGCGCAGCGCAAGUGGUGGUGGUGGGUGUCCCCGUCGGCGGCGCCGUCGCUCGAGACCAUCGCGCUCGCCUGCUUCCUGGCCUGCUGCGCGCUCGUGCUCUCGGGCGGCCUGUACCUCUCCGUCUCGCGCUACCUGGGCCGGGACCGCGCGGUGGCGGACUUCGCCGCCGGGGAGGACCUACACUCCUGCGACGUGUUCGACGGCAGCUGGGUGCGGGACGAGCGGUACCCGCUGUACAACAGCUCCGAGUGCGCCUUCGCGGAGCGGGGGUUCAACUGCCUCGCCAACGGGCGGAGGAGCACCGAGUACCUCAAGUGGCGGUGGAGGCCGCGGCGGUGCGACCUGCCGCGGUUCAGCGCCCGGCGCGCGCUGGAGUGGCUCAGAGGGAAGAGGGUCGUGUUCGUGGGGGACUCCAUGAGCCGGACGCAGUGGGAGUCCUUCAUCUGCAUGCUCAUGACGGGGGUGGACGACCCCAGGACGGUGUACGAGGUUAAUGGCAACCAGAUCUCCAAGACGAUCCGGUUUUUAGGAGUGAGGUUUGAGUCGUUCGACCUCAGCGAUGGGACGGUGUUUGAAAAACAUUCAGUAACUGAAUUUUCUUUUCUUCGCAGUGGCUUAAACCAAAAGGUAUGUGAAGUAACAGAAAAACCUACAACUGAGGCCAAAGGAACUGAUAUGAGUGAAUUUAGGGAUAUACUUGCUGAUGUUGUUGCGAACAUGAGCGUUCCCGUGACUAUACUUAAUGUUACUUUGAUGGGGGCCUUCAGGAGUGAUGCACAUAUUGGUAUCUGGAGCCAUCCUUCUACCAUACUUGAUUGCAGCCACUGGUGCCUUCCUGGAGUUCCAGAUGCUUGGAAUGAGCUAAUAUUUUCUCACCUAUUGACAAAUGGUUGGCGAACGCUGGCUACCUGACUAUUGAUAUUGUACACUCAAUUUUGGUUCUUCUGUUCGAAUACCACGUCUGCUUCUUGCAUUUAUUGUGCUGCUAAGGAGCCAAGACAUGAAGUCUCAUCAGUAUCUGUACAAGUUGUUCGAUUCCCCAUCCGUUUCCUCAAUUGCUUGAGUAAGAAUGCACAUAUCCUGUCAGAUAGAUAUUACAUUGUUGUCUCCUUUUGUGUUUUAGACAUAGAGAACAUCACGAUUUGUAACAAUGUGCAUGUAACAACAAUCGAAACGCAAUUUUGGAAGCCCAUUUCUCUCGCAUUAAA